AGACAACCGAGAGCUUGAGCUGGGAAAUCUCCGACGGGAAAUUGGCACGCAGUCGUGGCUCGUGUUUGUGGUUGUGAGGUCGGGUUACUGGCUACUGGUGUCUGGGGCCUUGCGAGUGCUUGUGAAGUAGGUCAGGAAUAUUUGAAGGAAUAGCCUCGUGCUCAAUAAGGGCCGUCCAUGACGGUUACAUAUCAGACCGAGGUCGCGUCCAUACGCAACUUCGGCGUCUUCUGGAAGCUCCUCUUCCGAUGGAGGGGCAGCAUAUACAAGUUGGUCUGGCCGGACCUGUCGCUGUACAUCGUGCUGUACUUUACUCUCAACAUGUCGUACCGGUUCGCCAUGAACGAGCACCACCGACAGCUGUUCGAGGAGGUGUCGCGGUACUGCGCCAACUUCAGCACCUUCAUCCCCAUGUCGUUCGUGCUCGGCUUCUACGUCACGAUCGUGGUGAACCGCUGGUGGGAGCAGUACCUGGCCAUGCCCUGGCCCGACCCGCUCGCCGUCUUCGUCAGCACAAACAUCCACGGCAAUGACGACCGCGGCCGGCUGAUCCGCCGAACCAUCAUGCGUUACGUCAACCUGUCGUUCGUCUACACCAUGUCCCAGGUGUGCACGCGCGUCAAGAAGCGGUUCCCCACGCUGGACCACCUGGUGGAGGCCGGUAUAAUGACCGACACCGAGAAGAAGAUAUUCGAGCUGAUGAACAAGAAGACGCCGCACCUCAAGUACUGGAUGCCGCUGGUCUGGGCCGGCAGUAUCGUGACCAAGGCGCGCAAGGAGGGCCGCAUCCGGGACGACUUUGCGGUCAAGACGCUGGUCGACUCGAUCAACACGUUCCGAUCGGGACUGGGCAGCGUGCUAAACUACGACUGGAUCUCUGUACCCCUCGUGUACACUCAGACGGUGACGCUGGCCGUCUACACAUUCUUCAUCGCCGAGCUGAUGGGACGCCAGUUCGUCAAAGGAAACGAGCCCGACCAUGAGACCAUCGACCUGUACGUGCCCAUCUUCACCUUCCUACAGUUCUUUUUCUACAUGGGCUGGCUCCGAGUCGCCGAAACUCUUUUCAACCCUUUCGGCGACGAUGAUGACGAUUUCGAGAUCAACUGGAUGAUCGACCGUAACCUGCAGGUAUCGUACAUCAUCGUUGACGAGAUGCACGAGGACCAUCCGGAGCUGGUACGCGAUCAGUACUGGGAGGACGUGAUCCCCGCCGACCUGCCGUACACGGUGGCCGCCGAACAGUACCGGCGCGAGCCGCCGCAGGGCAGCGCCGCGCAGAUCGACGUCAAGAAGACCGAAAUGGUGGUGACGGACGCUCCUCCGACAAUCCCGGAGGGGGAGGAGCCCGAGAUCCGCACGCUGGUGACGCCCAAAGACGUGGAGGCCGCCCAGAGUUCGGUGAUUGCCGACUUGCUCCGUCCCCCGCCCACCUCCGCCAUGGAUAUCGGCGGCUCGGGCAGCCCGGGCGCCGGCGGGGACCCGCACGAGCCGCUCUCCCCCACCGUGGUCGGAUCGGCCACCACCUCGCUCGAGUCGCGGCUCUCUGGCGCCAUGCAGACCGCCUCACUCAAACGCUCCGUGCGGGGGCUGAUGAACAAACUCAGCAACCGCGUCAGAGUUUCAGACACCCCGACCAACGUUCUGGUGACGCGGUCUAGCAGUCGUGCCUCGAACGACUCUCGCCGGACCAACCCGCCCCACUCACCACUCAUCAGAGGAGAGGACGAGAUGUUUGUGAUGUCGGACCUGGACCUGGCGGCCGGCAGCCGCGGCUCGCUGCCGGCCGACUCUGCCAGCCAGGUGGGCGGCGAGCCGCGCGACCCGCUGCUGGGCCGCACCACCAGCGUGCCCGAGUCGGAGGAGUGCGGCAGCCCGCAGCGGCGCCUGUCGGGCAGCUCCGAGGGCAGCGAGGACCGGCCCGCGCCCAAGUUCCUGCCCGGAGACUACAACUUCAUGAUCACCACCGUGCCGGAGGAGGAGGAGGAGGAGUCGGAGGCAGCCACAGCCGAGCCGCCGCCGCCGCCGCCGCCGCCGCCGCCGCCGCCGGUCGUCCCGUCCGUCCAGCUGGCCAACGUUCUGAGCACCACCUUCCAGCCGCAAUCUGACGAAGCAUCUGAUGAGCAGUCCGGACAGCAGAGCCUCCUCACACAGCUCAUUACUACCAUUAUAGAGGCGGCCGGGGGCACCGUGCAGCCCAGGCCGCCGGUGCCGUCUCCGCCGCCGUCGCCGUCGCCCACCGCCUCUCCGGAGCCGACAGAGGAGGCGGCGCCGGCCGAGCCGGCCGCUGCUGCCGAGCCCGGUCGGCCGGUCCAGUCCGGCGCCCAGUCUCACGGCGUGCUGCGCCCCUCUCCCGCCGAGGCCCCGCCGCUGGUGACCCCCGACAGCGCGCCGGCCGUGCUCACCGCCGACGGCGCCAUCCCGACCGUCGAGGAGGAGAGCACUCAGACGAGCACCACGGCCGUGCCGCGGCCCGCCUCCGAGACUCUGCCGGACCGCGAGCGGACGCGGCUCGGUCCGCGACCGUCCACCGCGCCCGCCGGGCCGGACACCGCCGGCCGGCUGCGGCGCCCGCCCCGAGGAGGCCCGGCCGCCGGCGGCAGUGGAAGGAGCAGUGAGCUCAGCAUCCCGGCAGCGAGUGCGCUGAGCUCUCCGAGGGACAGUGCGCCCAGCACGGCGGACGCCAGUGCUCUCAGCACGGCCCGGGCCAGUGUGGUCAGUGUGCGGGACGCAGCGGACGGGGUGAGCGCCGCCUCCCGGACCGAUUGGAGCAGCCGAGGCACCUCGGCAGGGUUCGGCCCGACGCCGCGCGUCGGCGACAGUCCGGUGCCUUCAGUGACGCUCACCACGGACGGGGAGUCGGCCCCCGGGUCGGCGGACCCCAGCCGACGCUCGUCGCUCUCGACGGACCUCGAGAGCCGAGCCUCCACGGGGCUGACGACAGUCGAGGGUAGGGAGUCGGAGCGGCCGGGGACAGGGGCGCGGAGCGAUCCGCCGCCGCCGCCGGAGGACCGCAGCGAGGCCGAGCCGUACACUGAGGAGGCCGACUCGCUGGUGGACGACUCGUCGGGCGCGCUGCUGCUGCCGGGAGCUCACCACCGGCGGCGGCACGACACCGACUCGUCAGAGGAGGAGACGUCCGGCGCGCGACAGACGCCGCCCUCGGGCGCCGACGACACCACGCCCUUCUACUAGACGGCCCGGGCGGUGACGGGUAGGUACCCGGAGGGGCGGCCACGCCGCUCGGCGGCCCGCGCGCCUGAGUUACUGCGGCACUGCCGCCCGCGGCCUGCGGCGCUCUGGAGGCCUUGCACUAUCUGUAAUUGUUACGGGUGUGUUGAGAUUUGUUAUCAGUGCAGCUAAUCAUCGUCAAGCGGCCAUUGGGAGGGUAUAUUUCCGUCCAGCCAGGGUCAAGUGCGGAACGGGACGACUUAAUUCAUUCGUGAGCAAAGUGCCAGAACGUUUAGGGUGGAGAUUUUGAACUCGUGGCCCGGAAUGUUUUAGCGUUAAUUUGAAACUCGUGUAUGGCUCGUGUAUUUUACACUGGUCACACGCCUGGUGCUCUUGGUGUACGUGAUGUGCCUCAUACACGUAUUAUGCACCGGCAGAGAUAUAUCCGAAGGCAGGCAUAUAGCUCGACUCAUGUCAGCGGCCCGGAGCCUGCGGUGGGUGUGUAUUGUGAACCUGCGUGUGUAUGUGUGUUCGCGUGUAUGAACUUCACAAUUCAUGCUGUUAUCAUGGGCUUCCUAAGUGCGCCGCGCAUCCUCCUUGGUAUUUUGUAUACUCUUGCGUUCUUCAAUCCGGUUGUUCGUGUGUACUAUCGAUUCCGGACACAUAAGUUAUCAAAUCGUGUCACCAUAUGUCGCGUGUUAUUAUAUUUCAUCAGUCUCCUCAUUUACGGCUUGUUAAUGUGCAUGUUACGCAUCAUUUUAGGUCCAGAUAAUCUUCUAGCUCUCGCACUUCAGAGUACGGCACAAUCAGACAUGACAUUCGGGAUUGUGAUGAAGCGCCGACGCCUUCGGCCCUAUCUGUGUGUCUUGGCCCGGACCAAGCACUGCCUGUGCGGUUUGGCUAUCUGCCAGUGCCAUAGUUGUGUCUCUGUAUGUGUAUCAGUCUUGUUGCGUCUGCACCGAACUGUUCGGUGCGCCGCCGAUUUCACUGAGGCGUAUAAAGUGUGGCGAUGCCGGCUGGUCGAAGGGUUAAUACACACGGUAUCUUUGUA